AAAAACUGGUGUUAAUCUUAAAGAACAAGCAGCUGAAGCUGGACAUCGUGGACCGUUGACCACCUUCUUGGCGAAUCGUAUUCAUAGAAAUCUUCAUUUUGCUAUUAUUCUGGAUAUUGAUGAUGAUUUCUUCAACAGUCGACUACAGUCGAAUCCUUCACUGUAUAAGUAUUGUUGUGUUCAAUGGAUGGAUGAAUGGUCUAAGGCUAGUUUACUACAAAUCCCUAAACUACUUAUACCAAAAUCAUGUAUUCCAAAAGAUGUGAGUGGUUUUUGUCAAGCCUGCGUUAAUCUGCACACUUCGUCAUCGCCAGACCCACAUAUAAUGAUGAUAGCGACAGCGAUGCCUACUCCACGUCAUUUUAUUGCAUUCUGUUCGACAUACUCACGAAUUGAACAAAAUCAUCGGAAGAAAUUAAAUUCUGAGAUAACUAGAUUAAAAAGUGGUCUAGGAAAACUGAAAGAAGCCUGUGAACGUGUUAGUGAACUUAAAAGACAGACAGCUGAACAAGGAAAGUUAUUGGUGGAAAAACAAACUGAAGCUGAUAAAGCCUUAGAACAGAUAAGUGCUGCAAUACAAGGUGCAGCUGAACAAAGAACAGAAAUGGAGAAUUUACGCAGCCGAGCAGCAGAUGAAUCUAAACAUUUAGAACGUCGUAAAUCAGCCAUCGAUUCCGAGUUAGCAGAAAUUGAACCAAUGGUUCAACAAGCUAGAGCUGCUGUUGGAAGUAUUAAACCAGAAGCUUUGUCAGAGAUACGUGCUUUACGUGCACCACCUGAUAUUAUACGUGAUAUUCUAGAAGGUGUUCUACUCCUUAUGGGUAUAUGUGAUACAUCAUGGGCUAGUAUGCGUGGAUUUCUAGCUAAAAGAGGAGUUCAAGAAGAAAUUCUUAAUUUUGAUGCUAGAAAAAUUACACCAGAUAUACGUGCUAGUGUUGAGAAACUUUUAAUUAAAAAUCAAGAAUCAUUUGAACCUCGGGUUGCUAGACGUGCAUCUGUUGCAAUCGCUCCAUUAGCCACAUGGGUUCGUGCUAAUGUACAAUAUGCAAGUGUAUUAGAGCGUAUUUCUCCAUUGGAAGCUGAACACAAUAAAUUAAAAUCAUCUCUAUUUCAAGCUGAAAAUUCUUUAACAAAUUUAGCUAAAGAUUUAAGUAAUGUUGACACAAAAGUGGCUAAACUACGUGGCAUUUUUGAAAAACAUACCACUGAAGCAACACACUUAAAAAUGGAACUUGAACGUACAAAAGAAACACUGGCAUCAGCUGAAACAUUAGUUGGAGAAUUAGAAAGUGAACAUACACGAUGGAAUAAUCAAAUUAAUGAAUUGACUAACCAACUGAAUAGUCUACCAUUAUUUGCGUUAUUAGCCUCUGGUUUUAUAACCUAUCUAUCAGCUUGUCCUGAAGAUGUACGUCGUCAACAGACAUCGAAAUGGAUUGAAAAUUUAACUAGUCUUGGAAUGAUGCCAUCAUCAUUAUCAUCAUCGGGAUUAGUACAAGGUGGUAAACAGAAUUUUGAUUUAUUGCGAUUUUUAUCUACUGAACGUGAACAAUUAAUCUGGCAUAGUCAAGGUUUACCAUCAGAUCAAUUGUCAGGCGAGAAUGUUGUAACAAUUAUUCAUACUGAAAUGUGUCCAUUUAUUGUUGAUCCUUCGUUAAGAGCGCUAAAUUGGUUGAAAGAGUAUUUAAAGGAUCAACGUUUAGAAGUUAUCAGUCAACAUAAUCCUAAUUUUAUCACUACACUUGAAUUGGCUGUAAGAUUUGGUAAAUGUUUAAUUAUUCAAGAAGUUGAUGAAAUUGAACCAAUCCUGAUGCCAAUUUUAUCAAAAAAUUUAAUUACACAAGGCUGUCGAAAUUAUGUAAUGCUUGGAGAAAAGCUGAUUGAUUAUCAUCAAGAUUUUCGCUUGUAUCUGUGUACACGUGAAACACCAAGAACUGUGGGGAGUGUUAAACCAAUCAGUGCAGCAUCAUUAGUGACUGUGGUGAAUUUUAUUACAACACGUACUGGAUUAAUUGACCAGCUUUUGGAAAUAGCUUUACAAAAUGAGCAUCCAGAGUUAGAAAGUCGACGACAACAAUUAGUUUGUGAUGAAGAGAAUAUGAAAAUUGAAUUAGCUAAACUAGAAAAUGAUUUACUAGAGGAGUUAUCCAAUGCACAUGGUAAUAUUCUGGAGAAUAAAGAACUGUUAAUAUCACUGAAUAAAACUAAACAGUCAAGUUUAAUUGUGACAAAUUCAUUGAAAGAAUCACUACGCUUACAAGAUGAAUUAGAUAAGGAAAGGAAUGUAUUCCAUUCACUAGCUGAAGCUGGUAGUCAACUCUAUUUUGCUUUGAAAGAUCUUGUCAAAAUUAAUCAUAUGUAUCAAUUCAGUUUGAAUAGUUUUCUGCAUCUUUUUCAACGUGCUUUAUCUAUGCCAUAUGAUAAAGGACUUAAUACUUCGGAACGUAUUAAAUCAUUACAAAAACUUGUGGAAUUAUUAGUAUAUGAAAGUGUCUCACGAGCAUUGUUCAAACCUGAUCGUUUAAUGUUUGCGCUACACAUGGUCCAUGCAAUGCGUCCACAGUUAUUCACAGAAGAGGAAUGGCUAUUCUUUAUUGGUCUAAGUGUAUCCGAAUCCCACUCCGGUGGUGAACAUGUACCUACAUGGUUAGAUAAAGAACGUGCUCAAAAUAUUAUGAAUCUCAAGGCCGCACUUCCAGAUGUUUAUAAAAAUCUCUGCUUUGAAGAUUCUAAAUUUUGGACAGAUUGGUUACAUGCAAAUAAUGCUGAAAUCAGAUCGACUCCAAAUACCAAUUUACAGUUCAAAUCAUUGAAACCUUUUCAUCUUAGUGUUCUUGCAAUUCAAGCUCUUCGACCUGAUCGUCUAUAUACUGCUUUAUCACAAUUCGCUAAUCGAUCUUUAGACUUACCUCAAUUAAGUCCAACAACUUUAAAUUUACACAGAUUAUUUGAAAGUGAAACAAGAUCAACAGAACCAAUAUUAAUAUUAAUCAGUCAAGGAGCAGAUCCAUCUCAAGAACUGGCAGAAGCAGCCACAUUACACUUUUCACGUAAAUUAGGCCAUAAACAUUCAUCGUCUAUUUCAACACUGUCAACAUCAAAUUAUCAUCAAAUUGCUAUGGGACAAGGUCAAACUGAAUUAGCUCUCAAUGAAUUACGUAAAGCAGUCAAAUCUGGUGAUUGGUUAUGCUUAAAAAAUCUUCAUCUUGUCAUCCAUUGGUUACCGGUAUUAGAGAAAGAAAUCAAUAAUCUGUUAUUUAAUGCUAAUCGAAAGUGUAUGAAAUCGGAUGAGAAAACAGAAAACCGCAUUGAUGAUACUGAACAAUAUGUUCAUGAAGAUUUUAGAUUAUGGUUAACCGCUGAACCACGUACAAACUUUCCGUCGACAUUGUUAGAAGGUUGUCUUAAAAUUGCUUAUGAAGCACCACCAGGAUUAAAGCACAACUUACGCAGAACUUAUGAAAGUUGGUCGGGGAAUUAUAUAUCUCAAGGGAGUUCAAAAACUCGUGCAAGUCUUCUCGCUUGUUUAGCUUGGUUUCAUGCAAUUGUACAAGAAAGACGAACGUAUAUUCCUCAAGGAUGGACAAAGUUUUAUGAAUUUACAUUUAGUGAUUUACGUGCCGGUGCAGAGAUUAUCGAUCGUUUAUUGUUAAGUGAUCAUGGCAAGAGUAUGAGAACAGUUAAAGAUAUUUGGUCAUGGAUAUAUGGUUUAUUUGGUGAAUCAAUUUAUGGUGGCCGUGUCGAUAAUACAUUCGACUUAACUGUAUUAAAUUAUUAUCUGAAUUCAAUAUUCAAUGAUGAAAUAAUAAGAAAUCUUCAACUUGGUCCAUUCAAACUACCGGGUACAAUUGAAUUGAAAGAUUAUUUCCUCCAAAUCGAUGCUCUACCGCCACAUGAUUUACCAACAUAUUUCAGCUUACCGCCAAAUAUUGACAGUAGUUUACAACGUAGUGAAGCGAAUCGCAUUAUCGCCCAACUACGACUACUUAACAGGCCUAAAGUGGAUUCAGAACAGAAAUUCGAUAAAAGUGUAUGGAGUAAGGGAUUAGAACCAAUAUUAAUCCUAUGGAAAAAACUCAAUCAAGGCUUGAAUUUAAUUCAACAGUCACGAUCUUCUAAUCAAAUCAAUAAAUUCUCCAGCUCUAAAUCAGACAACUACAAUCACAGUCAUCAUCAUCAACAUCAGAAUGAAGGUAUUUUGAAUAGUAGAAAUUCCCUUCAAGAAUUUCUACAAUUAGAAUUACACAAUGCACUACAACUUGUUCAAGCUGUACAUUCUAAUUUGGCUAGCCUGUCAAGAGCUUGUCGAGGUAGUCAAUUGGUAACUGAUGUUUUGCAUCAAUUGGCUGGUAGUAUUUUACACGGUGAAACACCAGAGACUUGGCUGUCACAUUGGCCUGAAGGACCAACUGAAGUUGUUCCUUUUCUAAAAGAUUUAGUCACCAAAUCAAAUACUGUACAGACAUGGGCUAAACAAGCAGAGACAGAUCAAUUUUUACGUGAACAAAAUGAAAAUGGCUUAGAUUUAGCCAGCCUAUUUCGUCCAGCUACAUUUUUAAAUGCAUUACGUCAACAGACAGCCAGGCAAGCGAAUAUAUCGAUUGAUAUGCUGAAAUUAUCAUGUCAGUGGAUAACACAGUCUCACGCUUAUAGAAAUAAUAAUAAUAAUGAUACUAAUAAUACUAAAUCUAUACCAAUACGUAUUACAAAUUUGAAAUUAGAAGGCGCAAACUUUCAAAAUGGUCAACUAAGUCAAAGUGACCCAGAGGAUCCAACAAUUAUCAAACUGCCUGAUAUUAUUUUGAAAUGGAUUCCAAAAAAUGAACUGGAUCCACUCUGUGAGAAUGAUUCAAUCUCUUUACCGCUUUACUUGAAUAAUACACGUGACAAUUUAGUAACAUAUAUUCGUGUACCAUGUCCACCAGGAAGUCAAAAUCAAUGGAUUCCAGCAGGAACAGCAUUAUUACUUAGUUGUGUAUAAUUUCAAAUGCAAAAAUUGGUGAUAAUUAAUCG